AUGAAUAUAAGGCUUGCUCUGUGGGGGAACUUGAAGCUGUGCAGGGGUAAUAUGUGAUGCUAUGUGCCGCUUUGCGCCGAGGUUUGGAGGCACUGACCGAAGCUCCAAGUUCAGUGUCCGUGCGUCCUCGUCCUGCACGCAGCAGGACUCUGCUGUAGAAAGACUGCCUUCUCCAGAUUAUGCCUUGUCUCCAUGGUAACUGGCCUCAGGCAGACCCAGAAAAACAUUGGGCCAAAUUUGGCCACUCUUGUCCAACCUACCUGAUCCUGGACUGAAGAGGAUUUUCACAAAAAUUCACACAAUAAAUAAUUCUUAAAAUAUUAGUAAUGUUCUCUGGGCUACUUCUUGUAGUUAUUAUACCAAUUAGAGUACAUUGACAGGACCCAGAAUGCCUAAAAUAAGUGCCUAAAAAAUUUUAAUUGAUGUCAUUUUAGAAGGUAUUACUUUCUACUUUUUUGGGAUCCCAAUGCAGAAGACUCUGUAUAUUCUCUAAAUGGUCCCAUAAAACCAAGAGGAAAACGUUAUUCAGAAGUUUUCUUUCCUUGAUCAUUAUGUCAGGGAUUUAUUCAUUCUCAAUUAAGGGAUCUGAAACACUCUGCACCCGUCCCAAAUUGGUCUAAAUGAAGUCCUAAACCAGGACCAGGAUGCAUCAGCUGUUCAGCCAGGUGCUGGGGCAGAGGGAUCUGUCCAGAGCGGGGGAUCUGUUUUCUCUGGAGGACUCAGAGAUUGAAGACUGUCUGUCUCAGGCUCUGGACCAGAUCAAGGCCAUCUCCUGCUCACAGGACUACUUGACCAAUGACAAUGACCAAGCUGUGGUGGAGAUUUGCAUAACACGCAUAACCACGGCCAUAAGGGAGACGGGCUCCAUCGAGCAACACAGCACAGCGCUGGUGGGGCUGUGGGAGUCAUGCCUGGAACAUAACCUCACCCCGCAAGGUGAAAACACAGAGGACACACCACAUGCCAAGAUAGCCUCCGACAUCACCAGCUGUAUCCUGCAGAACUACAGUUGUCCUUCGGUCAUGGUGCUGGCCGUCCCGGUGGCGGUGCGGUUCCUGCAGAGAGGGAACAGGGAGCUGAGCAGGAACAUGUCCAGUUAUCUCUCCCUGGCUGCUAUAGCCAAGGCUGAUCUGCUUGCUGAACACACAGAGGCCAUAACACUCAGUGUGCUGGGAGGUAACCCCAUGCUGUUACGAGUGCUACCCUCAGUCUACCCCAGACAACCAGACACCAUCCACUGUCACCUAGGCAACCUCACUGCGAUGAUGUCACAGCUGGAGUCCCCAGAGCAACAACACCUGAUCAGACUCAUUCAAAUGGUUGCCGAGCAACAUCCACUUAUGUUGAGCCCUCAGGUGCCCGCACUAGUCAGUUACCUAGGAGACCAAUCCCUAACUGAGGCCCUACUGGGCGCGCUCGUGGACGUGUCACAGGCAAGCCCUUCUUCACUGGUCAGCUUUCUGCCAGCGCUGAGGAUCGUGGGACAACAAUGCACUGCUCUCCUGGGUCACGUGGCCAAAAUCCAUGGUGCCGUGGGUAUCAUCAGUGAGACUCAUGCUCACAGCUCACUGGUCUACCUGGUGUCCCUUCUGGGCAGCAUGGAGCACAGUUUUCACCACACACUGCUGCUGGAGAUCAGAGCUCUGACAGACCGUUACCCAUCUUUACUGGGAGGCUGCGGUAAAGACAUCUACAGGAUGAGCAACUCCUUCACUGCUAUAGCCAGACUGCUGGGGAGAAGACUGGAGGAGAGCAUGGCCACGCUCUGCAGAGUGGAGGAGGCGUGCCUGCCAUCUCCCUGUGCAUCUCUUCCAGGGGGAGGAGGGGGGUCAGAGCAGCGGCUGCAGGUGAAGAUCCAGGCCUUCGAGGAGAAAAUGGGGGAGGAGGGGGGAGAGGAGGAGGUGGAGGAAAACUCUCCUGCCCCCCAGCGACGCUACAGCCUGAGCCAAGCUGUCAGGGAGGAGAGGCGAGAGAUGAGAUUCAACAGGUCAAAGAGCCUGGCCCUCCACGCUGUGCGCUCGCGCUCCAUCAACUCAGACACCGGGGAGGACGGUGAGGGGUUGGAGCAAAGCCCAGACAACAUCUUCUCCAACACAUUGGUCAAUUCACACUCAGAAAACCAGGAAGCACCGCCUACUGAGAGGAAACUGAUGGGUGACGGCUCCAUGCCCGCCGCUGCUGCCCUGGACAGAGGGGUCAAAGAGGCCGAGAAAGGUCAAAUUAGAGAAAGGGAGGAGCAGGGUGAAGCUGACAGACUCUUGAUUCAUUUUAGAGACAAUAUGGAGAUGAUCAGAGAGUUCUGUAAAGACAUGGUGCAGCAGAUCCCCAUACCAGAGCAGUGUGUGAUAGAAGAUUCAAGUCGAGGAUGUGUGGCCAAGCUGUCCUUCUCCUGUCCUUUUAAGGGCCACUACUGUCUGUACGCCAAGUCCUGUUUCAACCUGACCAGCCGACAGCCUCAUCUUUGGAUACACAUCAUGCUGCUACAUCUACAGAGUAAGUCCAGUGUCCCUCUGUGCUCCAGGGACGAAUGUGUCCAGAGACUUGCUUCUCUUUGGGAGAAGACACAGCUAAAAGGAGCUCACAGUUUCCCCAUGGCUAUGACACAGCACACCACCCCACACAGGAAGGACCUGGACAGUCUCCAGAUUCAGCUGGAGGAGGUGCGUUUCUUUGACCUGUUUGGCUACAGUGAGGAAGAGGGAGGUUGGCUCUGCUUCAUGUGUAACAACCCUGAGAAGGCCACAGUUGUGAACCAGGAGGGACAGCCUCUGAUCGAGGGGAAGCUGAAGGAGAAGCAGGUCCGCUGGAAGUUCAUCAAGCGCUGGAAAACCCGCUACUUCACCUUGGCGGGAAACCAGCUGCUCUUCCGGAGAGGCAAAUCAAAAGACGGGCUGGAUGACAUCCCUAUUGAGCUGAGCAAGGUGCAAAGUGUCAAGGUGGUAGCCAAGAAGCGGCGUGAUCGGGGCCUGCCGCGGGCCUUUGAGAUCUUCACAGACAGUAAGACGUAUGUGCUGAAAGCUCAGGAUGAGAAACAUGCUGAAGAGUGGCUGCAAUGCAUCAACGUGGCCGUGGCUCAGGCCAGAGAGAGGGAGAACAGGGAGGCUACCACCUACCUGUGAGACACAGUUAACUGCUGAGGACGCAUACUCCACCACUGACAAUACGUGCCAUGUAUACAUGCAAACUCAUACAUACACAGACAAACAUACACUGUUUGUCACUGACAUAUUUUGUUUAGCUGUACACUAAAACACACAACACUGCCAGUAGCAUAACUUUAUAUCUGUAAUCGGUGGUAUACAUCUUCAGUCCUGUUGCGGACGGAGCACCUAUCAAAAACAAUUUAAAAAAACUUGUUAUGCAGUAUUUUUUAGAUAGAAAAAUCGCAGGUUUAUUUAACCAGAAUGAAGGAUGGUUACAUUUUUGAAUACUUCCUGUACUUACUGUUAGACCACAGACUCUGAUGCAUCUACAACUGUGGAUCAUCAUAAAUGAAUGUUACAGUACAUGUACAAGUGUUAAAGACUGAAGUUACACAAGAAGAUCUUGAGCUGACUGGACUAUACAGUAUGGAAACUUCCUCUGCUUGAGCCCAGACACUGCUGUGAGCUUGAACAACCAAACAAAACCAGCAUGUGUGGGAUUUCUGAGUUUAAUGAUGCACGAUGAUUGAGAUGUAUUUGUGUCCAGAGUAGUAUUUAGCAAUAAACUUAAUAGAAGCAUAGACCUCAUAAAGACUUGUAGCAAUAAUGAGCCUGAACAGUUUCUCUUGAAAGCAGGAUGAAGAAGAGGAGCCUAAUGGACAGCAGAUGGGAAGGGCAUUCAAGACUGGAAUAAUGUGUGUGUGUGUGUGUGUGUGUGUGAGAGAGAGAGAGAGAGAGAGAGAGAGAGAGAGAGAGAGAGAGAGAGAGUAAGAUGUAGUCUUAAAGGAAUAGUUCAACAUUUUGGGA